AUGUCGCAAACAGAUGUGGUCCAGACGGACUCGAUACACGAGGAAGACCCUCACAAUGAGCCUCCUAAGAAACAGAAGAGCCGACGCCCAGCCAACACCGCUUUUAGACAGCAACGGCUGAAGGCAUGGCAGCCGAUUCUGACUCCCAAGACGGUGCUACCCAUCUUCUUCGCAAUCGGUGUUAUCUUCGCUCCAAUCGGUGGACUGUUGUUGUGGGCGAGUGCGAGCGUCCAAGAGUUGGUGAUUGACUAUACCGACUGCAAUACCACCGCAACCACAUCAUUUACCGCGAUCCCCGAGAGCAAGGUCUCAACUUCGUUUAAAUCGUCCAACUCGACCGCCAGACCCCUAUGGAGAAGGACCCUGAACACUACCCAUCCUCCUUACAGCGUCGAGUUACGAAACACGCCAGUUUGUACACUCCAGUUCUCGAUUCCGAAUGACAUUGGUCCACCGGUCUACCUAUACUACCGCUUGACCAACUUCUACCAAAACCACAGAAGAUACGUCAAGUCGCUUGAUACUGAUCAGUUGAAGGGCGAUUUCCUGAGCAACCACACGAUUCAUGAUAGCUCGUGCAACCCUUUGAAAUUGGAUCACAAUGGAAAAGCAUACUACCCUUGUGGCCUGAUUGCCAACUCGAUAUUCAAUGACACCCUCAAUUCUCCCGUUGCAGUCAGUACUUCCGGUGGACAGGAGAGCCAGCAAUACCGCAUGACGAACGAAGGCAUCGCUUGGAGUUCGGAUGCGUCACUAUACAAGAGAACAAAGUAUACCAACUUCGACGUAUCGCCCCCGCCUAAUUGGGCCGUGCGGUACCCGGAUGGAUACACAGAUGAAAAUCCAAUCCCGGAUCUAUCCAAGUACGAAGAGUUCCAGGUUUGGAUGAGAACCGCAGGAUUGCCUACCUUCAGCAAGCUGGCGUUGCGCAACGACAACGAAACCAUGACAGCAGGAACAUAUCAGAUGGAUAUCUAUGACUUCUUCCCUGUCACCGUCUACUCUGGAAAGAAGAGCAUUCUGCUAUCGACUAGGUCAGUUGUUGGUGGAAAAAACAGCUUUUUGGGUAUUGCCUAUGUAGCGGUUGGUGGCCUUUGCAUCGUGUUGGGAGUAGUCUUUACCAUCGCACACUUGAUCAAGCCAAGAAAACUCGGUGAUCACACUUACUUGAGUUGGAACAACGACAGCCCAUCAACCGGUGUGUCAACCGGCCGCGAAGUGCGACCUGGAGGUGCCUAG